CUGAAAGGUGUUCAGGUGGAAAAAAUAGGAAAUGUAUGUUCCUUUUUGUCACUGUUCUGUCCUGAACGAACUAUUCUAUCAAAAUUUCAUUUACCUUUAAAACUAUAAAUGCGUAUAUAAUAAAAAUAAAAUAAUGUAAUUAAAUGAUGAAAACUCGAAGUUAAAACCAUAAGUAGUAGGGUUAACAACGAGCUGGAUGGUUUAAUAAUUUGUCAUCAAGAUCUACGGAACCUGCUGUGACCCAGUUAUUUAAUGUUCUGAAUCUGAGGAACCCGCCGCCAUUGAACAUAUCACCGCAGGGCCUGAAGGUCACGUGGCGUUGUGUUGACAGUGAGACGGGGAGGAAAGAUGGCGGCGCGGUGGAGCAGCGAGACUGUGGUGGUGGAGUUUCGGGACGCUCAGGCCACAGCCAUGUCCGUGGACUGCCUGGGCUCCCACGCCGUGCUGUCAGGCCGGCACUCCCUCUACCUGGUGAACCUGGACGCUCCGACCGAGCCGUCCCGUAAGAUGGGCCGCCACAGUAAGUGGGACGUGGGGACGGUCCAGUGGAACCCGCAUCGGUCCCAGGCUCAUGUCUUUGCUGCCUCGAGCAACCAGCGAGUGGACCUGUACUCCUGGAGGGACGGUUGUGGAGAGACUCACACAUCCCUGCAGGGACACACCCGGGUCAUCAGCGACCUGGACUGGUCCUGGUUCGACUCAGAGCUGCUGGUGUCCAGCUCAGUGGACACCUACAUCUACAUCUGGGACACCAGGGACACUCGGAAACCCACGGUGGCGCUGUCUGCUGUCGCUGGAGCUGCUCAGGUGAAGUGGAACCGGAAGAACCCACACCUGCUGGCGUCCAGUCAUGACGGAGACGUCCGCAUCUGGGACAAGAGGAAACCCAACACGGCGGUGGAGUACCUGGCUGCUCACCUGUCCAAGAUCCACGGCCUGGACUGGCACAGAGACAACGAGUUCGUCUUCGCCACAUCCAGCCAGGACAACUCCGUCAGGUUCUGGGACUACCGGCAGCCCAGGAAGUACCUGAGCGUCCUGUCCUGCCAGGUGCCAGUGUGGAAGGCCCGCUACACACCGUUCUCCAGUGGUCUCGUCACCGUCAUGGUCCCUCAGCUGCGGCGGGAGAACAGUCUCCUGCUGUGGAGCGUUCUGGACCUCAACAGUCCCGUCCACGCCUUCGUUGGACACGAUGACGUCGUCCUGGAGUUCCAGUGGCGUCCCCAGAAGGAAGGGUCCAGGGACUUCCAGCUGGUGACCUGGUCCCGGGACCAGACGCUGCGGAUCUGGAGGGUGGAGCUUCAACUGCAGAAGCUGUGCGUCGGCGACCUGGUGGACGAGCUGAUGGAGGACGUGUCCAUUGCCGUGGAAACGGAGAGGUCCCUGGGCGCCCAGCAGGCGGAUGUCCCGCCGGGUCAGGCGGCGAGCCGUUCGGACCCCGGUUCUGGUCUGGCCGUCGGUUCUGGUCUGGCCCAGACUCUGCAGCAGGAGUUCUCCCUGGUCAACCUGCAGAUCCGGAACGUCAACGUAGAGAUGGACGCCCGGAACCGGAGCUGCGUGGUGUCGGCCCACUUUGGCGGUCAGCGGGUCCACCUGGUGGUCAACUUUCCGGUCCAGUACCCCAACAACGCCGCGCCCUCCUUCCAAUUCGUCGCCCCGACCACCAUCCCCCCCGCCAUGAAGACCAAGAUCCAGAAGGUCCUGAUGGACACGUCUCUGCAGAAGGUGAAGCGGAACCAGAACUGCCUGGAGCCGUGCGUCCGGCAGCUCGUCUCCUGCCUGGAGUCAGACAUGACACAAGAGGACGGUCCAGCGUCCGGCCCGUUUAUCCUGUCCAAUCCCGUGGCUCCGUCCCUGCAGGCGUUUCCUCGGGUCACCAACACCUACGGCUCCUACCAGGACGCCAAUAUCCCGUUCCCCCGGACCUCUGGAGCCCGGUUCUGCGGUACCGGCUGCCUGGUCUACUUCACCCGACCGAUCACCAUGCACCGCUCGGCCCCGCCCACAGAACCCACGCCCAGGUCCCUGUCGGCGCUGUCCGCCUACCACAGCGGCGUUCUGACCCCGAUGAAGAUGCGCUCCGAGUCCCAGAACACGCUGCGGCUCUACAGCGGCAGCCCGACCCGGUCCGACAAGGACACCGUCUCCAUCUCCUCCUUCUACUACAAGGAGCGGAAGCUUCCCAUGUCCGCCUCCCGCCGCUGGUCUGUCCAAACCCUCCAUGAUUGGCCGAAAUCGCGGCGCUUCAAGACGAAGCGGGAAGGAGCGGAGUACAGCAGCCGGCCCACCAAGCUGGCCGGGAAGGUCAUCAUCCAGGAGAUCUCCUGCCUGCUGCCUGUGCACAAGGCUCUGGGAGAGAGCUACAUUCUGAACAUGAACGACAUUCAGGAAACCUGUCAGAAGAACGCAGCAGCAGCACUUGCAGUGGGACGCAGAGACCUGGCCAAGGUUUGGGCUCUGGCGUCCGCCGCCACCAGUCAGGACCUGAGUCCAGAUUCUGACCCGGACACAGAGACGCCCUGGGCCAGACACCCGUUUGGGCGCCACCUGCUGGAGACGCUGUGAGUUUGCAGAAGGUGAUCAUAUGUUGGUGUGGAGGAAUGUAAACGCUGAGCUGUUUCUAUUAUAACCCAUCAGUUGGAUCACUACAGUCAGAUGAGCGACGUCCAGACUCUGGCCAUGCUCUGCAGCGUGUUCAGGGCUCAGGCUCCGCCCCCUGACUGCUACUCUCUGUACGGACACCCCGGCUCCCGCCUCCACUCCCGAUAUCCCAGCUACACCUCCAGCUCCGUGACAUCCGGCUCCUGUUCCAGCACCUCCGACUCCAUCACAGCCACCUGGACCACAGUCAGAGACCCCGAGCAUCCCGCCCCCUGGGGGGAGUCUUCUCCUGAUGACUAUCGCUAUGGCAGCCAGAGCUACACAGACCCUCGGGAGCGAGAGCGGGAGCUGCACGACAUGAACAAGAGGCUGCUGGACCCGGCCAACACGCUGCAGUUCGACGACUUCAAGAAGAGCUACGGUGAAAUCCUGUACCGCUGGGGUCUGGGCGACAAGCGGGCCGACGUCCUCAAGUUCACGGCCGGCCCGCCAGAACCUCACAAAGGCAUCGAGUUCGGGCUGUACUGCUGCCACUGCCGCAGCCAGGCGCGGACGCAGUGCGCCGUGUGCAAGCGGCUGACCUUCCAGUGCGCCGUGUGCCACGUCGCCGUGCGCGGCUCCUCCAACUUCUGCCUGAGCUGCGGCCACGGCGGCCAUACCGGACACAUGAUGGACUGGUUCCGGCGCCAGGACGAGUGUCCGGCCGGCUGCGGCUGCCGCUGCCUGCUGCAGAGCACCUUCUGAUGCCGCCGCCUGCUCAAUAAAACCCACAAAUAUCUCA